UUUCACGUUCUCUACAUGCUUGACUCAGGGAUGAGCACAGGCCGAGUCAACGCAUACAGCAUAGUAUCCUCUGAGGAAGACGGGCUGAGGUUGACCACCAUGCCAGGAGUCAACGGCUUUGGGAACGGUAAGAUCCACACCAGGAGGAAAUGCCGAAACAGGUUCGUGAAGAAGAAUGGCCAGUGCAAUGUUGAGUUCACCAACAUGGAUGACAAGCCUCAAAGAUACAUCGCUGACAUGUUCACGACGUGCGUCGACAUCCGCUGGAGGUACAUGUUGUUGCUCUUCUCCCUUGCCUUUCUGGUGUCCUGGUUAUUAUUUGGGCUGAUUUUCUGGCUCAUUGCACUUGUCCAUGGAGACCUAGAAAACCCAGCCGGGGAUGACAACUUCAAGCCUUGUGUUCUUCAAGUGAACGGCUUUGUGGCUGCUUUUCUGUUCUCCAUUGAAACUCAAACAACGAUCGGCUAUGGAUUCCGCUGCGUGACAGAGGAGUGCCCGCUAGCCGUCUUCAUGGUGGUGGUGCAGUCCAUUGUGGGGUGUAUAAUCGACUCCUUCAUGAUUGGGGCAAUCAUGGCAAAGAUGGCCAGGCCCAAGAAAAGGGCCCAAACGUUACUUUUCAGCCAUAACGCUGUCGUGGCCAUGAGAGAUGGGAAGCUCUGCCUGAUGUGGAGAGUUGGGAACCUUCGAAAAAGCCACAUAGUGGAAGCCCACGUGAGAGCUCAGUUAAUUAAGCCUCGAAUCACCGAGGAGGGGGAGUAUAUUCCCCUCGAUCAAAUAGACAUUGACGUUGGGUUUGACAAAGGCUUGGACCGUAUUUUCUUGGUGUCGCCAAUCACUAUUCUUCAUGAAAUCAAUGAGGAAAGCCCGCUGUUUGGAAUUAGCCACCAGGACCUGGAAACAGAUGACUUUGAAAUUGUGGUGAUCCUUGAAGGGAUGGUAGAAGCCACAGCCAUGACGACACAAGCUCGGAGCUCCUACCUGGCUAGCGAGAUCCUGUGGGGCCACCGCUUUGAGCCCGUCCUGUUUGAGGAGAAAAACCAGUACAAAGUAGACUACUCGCACUUCCACAAAACCUACGAGGUGCCGUCAACCCCACGAUGCAGUGCUAAGGACUUGGUGGAGAACAAAUUCCUGCUCCCUAGCACCAACUCCUUCUGCUACGAGAAUGAGCUUGCCUUCAUGAGCCGUGAUGAGGAGGAGGAGGAGGAAGAGGAUGAUGACAGCAGGGGUCUGGAUGACCUGAACCCGGACAACAGGCAUGAAUUUGACAGGCUUCAGGCCACGAUAGCACUGGAUCAGAGGUCAUAUAGAAGGGAGUCCGAAAUAUGACCCAGGGCCCCUUCACUAACUGUUCUGAGAUGUUCGUGGAUAUGCCUGGGAGGCUAGAUGACUUAUAUCAGAGAACAUGGGUGAAAGGAAGAGAUUGAGCCUUUGAAGAAGGAUGGGGUCCUUGUUCUGUAGGAGACAACCUGUGCCCCCUAUUGUCACUCACGAGGGAGUGGACAAAAAGAACUUCUAUCACCACAUCCAACUUGCCAAGCACCAUGGCCCCAGCAAAUAAAUUAAAUGCCUAUUA